UUUUUUUUGUAGUCAUAUUGUGUUGAAUUCAUCAUUUUGGAAGGGGAUAACCUUACCGGGAUUUUCCCUGAUAGGAUUUAUAGAGAAGAUUGCAAAACUAUCGAUUUGUAUGAAGCUAUUGUUGAUUUUCUCUCAAUUACAGCUAUUAUACUGGGGCGCAUUGAUCAGAUCAAAAGCUGUCUACGGAAUACCCCAGCUGAAGACAGAAAGUGCAUCAUCUGCCAAGACGAGUAUGAUGUUAAGGACGAGGCUGAAGGAAGAGAAGGGAAAGAAGAAGGAGAAGAUGAUGAAGUUGAAGAAUCAGAGGGAGAAGAAUCUGAUUACAAAUAACUCAAAGUUGUUCAGGUUGUUGAUGCUAAUCCGAUCAAAGUUGGUUCUCCUCCACCUCUUUCUGGUGGUCUUUCUGGGACAGAUAACUCAGACCAAACAAGAGACUUUUCAUUGGCAUUGAAAAUCAGAUCAAAAGUUUGUUUAUGGUCGAUUCUCUUGGCAGCUGGAUUAUGCGGCGAAGAUAAAAAGUUUCACGAUGCUGAGACUGUCUCUGCUUUGAAUGAAGUUCUUGCCAAAGUUGGUUAAUUAAACAUUUUAAUGUUGUAUUUUUCUUGUAAAUUAUCAUCUCAUAAUUUUUGUUCUUGAUGA